CAGUGUUGCAUCUUUAUCUCCCUAGGAGUAUAUUUUUGUUGUACAUGUGAUUAAAACUAUUAUUGUCCUGUCAUCGUUUUUUUGAGUUAUAUUAUGCAUAAGUAAUACGUAAAUAACAAUAUGGAUGUUUACGAGAAAUCAUUAAAUAUAUUAAGUAUCCCUUCAACAGCUACAGUAGAAGAGGUUAAGAAAGCUUAUCGUAAAAAAGCUUUAUUAUGUCAUCCAGAUAAACAUCCUGAUAAUCCUCGUGCCACAGAAUUGUUUCAUGAAAUUUCUAAAGCAUUAGAAAUUUUAACAGAUUUAUCAGCACGAGCUGCUUAUGAAAAAUUACUCAUCGCUCGAGAACAAUCUAAACUUCGUACCAAAGAACUUAGCGUUAAACGACAAAAGUUUAAAGAAGAUUUGGAAGCUAGAGAGGAAGCUUAUAAAAAUGCAUCAAAUAAGAAAACAACAUUAACCGAAGAAGAAGAAUUGCAAGCUGAAAUAGAUAGAUUACAAAGAGAAGGUUCAAAAUUAUUAGAGGAAGAAAUAACUCGUAUGAGAGAAGAAAUAGAAAAACAAAAUCGUUUAUCACAAGAACAAACAGAUAACAGUUCAAAUUAUAGAAUUAAAAUUAAAUGGAAAGUAUCUAAUAAUGAUGUAAACAAUGGUGGAUAUGACUAUGAUUCUUUGUAUCGUAUUUUAUAUAAACACGGUGAUAUUGUUGCGCUUGUUUUUUCAAAGAAAAAGGGUAGAGCUAUGGUUGAAUAUAAAAAUAAGAAAUCUGCUCAAAGUGCUGUAGAAAUAGAAUUUGGUUUUGCUAAUAAUCCUUUGAUACUAGAAGGACUAUGGUUAAAAGAAAAAUCAGCAAAUUUUUCAAAAGAAACUUAUACACCUAAAUAUGUACCUAAUGUAGAAAACAAAAUGUCAGAUGAAGAUUUUGAAGCUUACGAAGCUCUCGUUUUAAAUAAUUUAAGGAAAGCCGAAGCUGAAAAAAAAAGAAACUUGAAAACAUAAAUAAUAAAAUAUUUA